GAGCACCCCCACCAACGGCGACAUGACAGACACAUCCACCCCUCUCUCGGCCGUCCGAGACCUGACCUUUGGCUCGAUCGCUGGCAUGACGGCCAAGCUGUUUGAGUACCCCUUCGUAAGUCAACAACACACACCCGUGAUCACGGACUCUGACACUCCCGUGAAGGACCUCGUCAAAGUCCGUCUCCAGUCACAGCCCACCGACAGGCCGCCCAUGUUCAAGGGCCCACUAGACUGUUUCAAGCAGACUGUAGGCAAGGAAGGCAUCCGUGGCUUGUACCGAGGUAUCUCGGCGCCAGUAGCAGGGGCAGCGGCCGAGAACGCGAGUCUGUUCUUCGUGUACAACAAGGCGCAGGCUGCAAUCCUCGCUCUGCGCCCUGGUCCCGAUGGCGGACUGCGCGAGUUGACGACUACCGAGCUGGGUGUCGCUGGUGCGGCGGCCGGAGCCUUCACGUCUUUUGUCCUCACCCCGAUUGAGCUCGUCAAGUGCCGUAUGCAGGUGCAGAUGAUCACCCAGUCGGCGCCUACCUCGGCCGUGACUGUCAAGACGGCGCUGUCGGCCCCCGCCUCGCCCUCGUCCACUGUCACCAUCCCCCCUCUCGCCCGCCCUGUCACGACCGCAGCCCGCCCCGCGCCUCUCGGCCCAUUCGCUAUCAUUGCCCAGACUGUCCGCACCAAUGGCAUCCAGGGUCUCUGGCUCGGUCAGACCGGCACGUUCCUUCGCGAGACGGGCGGCUCUUUCGCUUGGUUCGGCAUGUACGAGUUUGUCGCGCGCAAGUUCAUCGCGCGUCGCCAGAAGCAAGCGGCUGCCGACUACACUGUGACCAAGGCCGACCUCGCACCGUGGGAACUCAUGGCCUCGGGCGCUUGCGGCGGUGUCGCCUACAACGUCUCGCUGUUCCCUGCCGACUCGGUCAAGAGCACGAUGCAGACGUCGGCAGAGCUUCACCCCGACCGCCCGCCACCCAAGUUUUUCCCGACCUUCAAGCAGAUCUAUCAGACGCGCGGUAUCCGCGGCCUGUACGCUGGUUGCGCGCUCACAUGUCUCCGUUCGGGCCCCUCGUCUGCCAUCAUCUUUGGUCUGUUUGAGACGCUCAACAGCAAGCUUGGAUGGAUCUUUGACACGCGCGCAUAAGCGACGCAUCCGCCGAGGUGGAGGUUAAUUCGCCCCUCAGCCACAAACAACCACAUACACUGCAAUAAGUCUCUUGUCAUACACAGCAUGGUUGUACUCGCUCUCUCAUUGCUCGCAGUGUAGGGGUUUGUGGUUCUCAUGUAGAGGCUAAUCUGUACAUUACUGCAUGCAACCGGUAACACUGGAAGA